CAGCCGAAGCAAAUCGCGUCCGUCCGUUCCGCGCCCCACCACUCCCAUGUGAUGUGCUGCCGCCGCUCUUUCCCUCGCUUUCCCCUCCUCCUCCUGCUCCGCUCCCACUCCCCCACCGCCGCCCAUGACGCCGCCGCCCUCGCCUCCGCCUCCGCCUCCGCCGGCCGCCGCGGACGCGCUCGCCCAGAUCCUGCACGCGCUGCUCCCGCCGCUCCUUCUGGCCGCGGCGUCUGCCAACGCGCUCCACUCCCGCUGGCGCGCGCUGCACGCCACGCUGCUCGCGCUCCAGUCCUCGCUCGCCUCCGCGCCCGCCCCGGCCGCCGGCCACCCGCUCUUCGCCGAUCUGGUCGCCUCGCUGCUCCCCGCGCUCCGCUCCCUCCACGCAUUGUCCGCGCGCUGCCAGGACCCGGCCCUCCCCGGCGGCCGCCUGCGCCUCCAGAGCGACCUCGACAUCACCGCUUCCUCGCUCACGCUUCUCCUGCACGACCUCUCGCUGCUCCUCCGUUCGGGGCUCCUCUCCGUCGAUUCGUCGGCGUCCUCGCCCAACGCCAUUGUGCUGCAGGUGCCCGCAGCAGCUGCAUCCCGCUCCGACAAAUCGCUCUUCAUCAGGGACGCCUUUGCGCGGCUCCAGAUCGGGGGCCUCGACCUCAAGCUCAAGGCCCUCGCCUCCCUGCUGGAGUUGCUGGGCAAUGACCCUGCUGCUGAGGCCGCAAACAUCGUUGCCGCCGAUGGCGAUGUGGCUGCGCUGCUCCGCAUGCUCGACGCGUCGGCCCACUCGGCGCUGAGGGACCGUGCAGCAGCGGUCGUGGCCCUCCUUGCCACUGCCUGCGGUGCAUCCCGGAAAGCGGUUUUCGACGAGGGCGGCCUUGGCCCGCUGUUGCGCGUGCUUGAUUCCGCCUCGGCACCGGCCACGAGGGAGCGUGCCGUUGUGGCUAUUGAGGCCAUCACCGCCGAUGCCGGCAGCGCAUGGGCUGUAUCAGCAUAUGGAGGAGUUUCCAUCUUGAUUAAUGCGUGCCGUCCUGGCUCUGGUUCGUUGGCUGUGCAGGCGCUCGCUGUGGCAGCUAUCAAGAAUGUGGUUUCGAUCGACGAUGUGCGCUCAGCAUUGGUUGAGGAGGGUGGGUUGCCAGUUCUGGUUGAUUUACUUGCCAGUGGCACCACUGACACACAGAAGAAUGCUGCUCUCUGCUUGUGGUCGAUCGCGUCCAUGGGCGACCUUGAGACACAGCAACAGAUUGUACAAGAUGGUGCAUUACCGCCACUAUUGCAGGCUCUGCACAUCACCAACGAUCUGGAUCUUCAGAAUUCUGUCCUACGCGCUAUUCACACGCUUGCAGUAGUCCCUUCUGCCGCCAGGAUCCUAUGUUCAUCCCCGCUGUUCUUUGCACAACUUACAGACCUUAUGCGACGUGGUGGUAGCAUCCUGUUGCAGCAGAUGGCUGCCGAUAUGAUUGCUGACCUUGCACCUGGCGUGAGUGAUGACACCAAGCGGUGCAUGGCACCAUGUGUCGGCACGCUGGUUAAGAUGAUGGAGGUAGCUAAGCCUGCAUCUGUACAGGAGUCAGCUGGCCGUGCACUACUUGCUUUGAUGACCUUGAAAUCAAAUCGCAAGGAGUUGGUCAGGGAUGAGAAGAAUCUGACAAGGUUAGUGCAGAUGCUUAACCCCCGGAAUGAGGAGAUUGACAAAAAGCACCCAGUCUCAAUACUGCUAGCACUUGCUAUGGGUGGUGGGAAUGGAACGCGACGGCGUCUUGCAGAUGCUGGUGCUUGUCAGCAUCUACAGAAGCUGGCUGAUGCUGAGGUGCCUUGUGCAAAGAAGGCUUUGCAAAGGAUAUCCAGCAGCCGAUUCAAAAGCUUACUUUCCAGAGGGUGGAACAACUAGUCCAUCUGCUGCAUUGGGGUAAGUUGAAGAGAACCCAAAUGUGGAGAGCUUCGAAUUAUAGAAGAAAGCUUAAGUAUUUAAUUAGGAGGCAUCAUACAAGAACGCCGAGCAAGAGACCAGAGGAGUUCUCAGUUUCUUUGAAGCCAAAAGGUGCACGGUAGCUGCUAUUUAUUUACUAGUAUAUUGACAAGAUAGAAGCAUGGAUGCGGCAUUUUAGGAUGUAUCCUUCAGCUUUUAUGUUUGCCCUUUUUUUGUCUGUUCCUAUUUUAACCUUUUUUUCUUCUUCUCUCUCUCUUUAUCCCUCGCCUGAUUUGUGAAGUAAUUGUAUGUGUGUUGAUUUGGAAUGAAGCAAGUGUUUUUAUCUGCCAAA